CUUGCAUUGGACAAUGGGUUCCCAGUGUCCAUAGCUCUGAAUGCCAUUAUUCAUACACAUUAAUAAUCUCUUCUUUUUUUUCUCUAUGAAUUGACAUCCUUAUUAUAAUGGCUUUAUGCAUUGUCAGUCUUUUGUACUUGAAAAUGUAAACUUCUGUAUUUAAGUGUCAACUGUAUGUAGUGAGGUUACAUUGGUGAUUGCUGGCCACAGGGUUGUGGAAACAAAACCCUUGACUAUUACUACUGCCACCAGGGGUGAGUCAACUAACUUUACUGGCGACUUAAGGGAGCUGUAAAAACUUUGCUAGCUGGAGCAGAUAGUUGAAUCCACAGAACACAUUUCUGAUUUUGGUUUGCAUCUUGUUUUUAUGUAUUUGUUUAGCUGUAGUGAGUAUAUCUAUUGGCUGUUUUAGAGACUCUUUCUGGAUGAUACUUGCUUUCUGUAAGGAUGCUAAGCUGAGUAUGGGAACAGUUGAAAGCACAAAGAGAAAACACAAGUUGGCAAAUUCAAGCACUUCACAGAAAGAACCAAAUUCCUGCUCAACCAUGGGAGACCAGAAAGACAACAUAGAUGACUUUAAGGUCCAAACAGCCAAGCACCCCAACAUCAGCUCAGUCCCUUUAAGGCCGCAUAGUGAACAGUCUAAAGACAGAACAUCCAAAAGGCUUUCAUCUGAGUCUAAUGGAACCAGUGAAGGUGGUGUGGGCUCCUCCACACCAGUGGAGUUGACUGCUUUGGAGGAGUCAUUUCGCCGUUUCGCCAUCCAUGGUGAUACUCGUGCUACUGGCAAGGACAUGCAUGGCAAGAACUGGUCCAAGCUCUGCAAAGACUGUGGCGUGAUUGAUGGCAAGAACAUUACCCUUACUGACGUGGACAUCGUUUUCAGCAAAGUCAAGAAAAAAUCCUGUCGCACCAUCACUUUUGAUGAAUUCAAGGCUGCACUUGGAGAGCUGGCCAGGAAGAAAUAUAAAGAAAAGACAGGAGAGGAGGCUGAGGCCGAGGUCGUCAAGCUGAUAGAGGGGAAGGCGCCGAUCAUCGCAGGAGUCACCAGAGCCGUGGCCUCACCGACAGUGAGUCGUCUUACAGACACCACCAAGUUUACGGGAUCCCACAAGGAGCGCUUUGACGAGACCGGCCGCGGGAAGGGGAAGGCUGGACGAGUAGACAUAGUUGACACGUCUGGAUACGUCUCGGGAUAUAAACACCGAGGGUCAUAUGAAAAGAAAGUGAAUAAACCCACUGAGGGCAGACCAAUGUGAGGGCAAAAGUGAGAAAAUAAACAUUUCAUCAACUACUAGGAUGAUUUUUUAUUAAGAGUACUCAUAGAAAGCACAAAAGAAUAGGAUUUCAUAUAUUUUCCUGCCCAUCUAUUUGGUGUGUUUGUUUGUGUGUGUGUGAAUGAGAGAUGUAUUUAAGUUCCUCUCUGUGUGAGAACUGGAAAACUGUUUACAUAUAUUUUUACAUCUACUAUUUGACAAAGUCAUCACUAGCUGGUACAUUCCUGUCUGUUAGCGAGCUACUGCCAAACACUGAAGAGAAUAAAUGAGAGAAACUGCUUUGCCAUGAACACUGAAACUGUUAUGAUAGGGCCUUACAAUGUUUAUCAAGCACAAUGAACAACACGCCAAGAAAAGCAAAAAUGGGACAACAAUUUGAUGAAUUAACAACAAUGCACUUUUUAAUGGAAAUGUUUCUUUGACCAUAUUUAGCUGAAGAAAGUCAUUAAUUAGCUCUGCAGUUUCAAAGAUGACUGACACACAGAUUUUUUUUUUUUUUUUUACUUUACCCCUUGAUUUCAUUUUUAUUAUUGUUUGCCAUCUGAGCUUGUUAGCUGUUGAAAAAUCUACUGUUUAGAUUUUAAAUUGUUUCAUGAUCCAAUGUUAUUGCUGGUACGGAAGCCCUGACAGCUAAUUAAAA